AUGAUCCAACGGCACAACAAAGCACCCACUGGCACCUACCCUACUCUGGACACACGAUCAAGUCAUGUACAAAUGGACAUCGUCGGCCCCUUGCCUCUGUUCAGUGGCUGUUGCUAUCUCUUUUCCUUCGUGGGUCGAUCCACGCUGUGGCCGGCAGCUAUUCGCUUGCCUGAUGUCGCUGCUCCAACGGUCGUCAAGGCUUUCCUCAGUCGUUGGGUUGGCAUUUUCAGUGCUUCCUCCACUAUCACGACUGACUGUGGUGCCCAGCUAGAGUCUAACUUAUUUCAGUCUCUCCUCUCCUUUUUAGGCUGUACCCGCAGCCGGACGACAGUUUAUCAGCCAGCUACUAACGGGAUGGUCGAGCGACUUCAUCGCCAGCUGAAGGCCUCCCUAGAAGCCGCGACCGAUUCGGAGAACUGGACGGACCACAUUCCCCUGGUCCUCUUGGGUAUCCGUCCCGCUCUCAAGCCGGACCUUGACGGUUACGCAGCUGAUCUGGUGUUCGACGCCACCGUUCGACUGCCUGGUGAGAUGAUCUUGCCAACCCUACGAGGUGCAGUUGAGGAUCUUACCAACCUCCUGCAUUGCCUUCGGCAGUUCCUGCGGACACUUCCCCGCUUCCGCCCAGGCCAUCAGUUUCCGAGUCGGUAUGUAGGUUUGCAGCACUUUGCUCUAUUUAUUUUGAUCGCAUCGUUUAAUUUCGUCAUUAUGGAUGAGCAUACGUGUGGACACUGGUGCACCAUUGCUCAUUAUCUGAACAGUAACCUUGGAAAUGUCAGAUGGGGCCAAUAUGCGAUGAUUAGCAUGCAGUAGAAUGUAGGCAUUUUGAAAUGAAAAUGCAACGACUGCGGAAGAUGUCCGUAUACGUCCUCAUAUAUCAUUUCCUCAUCAUCUGCGUUUGCAACUUCACCUAAAAAUUUUUUUAUCAGUUUGUUUUAUGUUUCCCAAUGUUCGUAACACGAAGUUAAUACUUCGUGUUGGCUCAUUUUUCCCAGUCCGCGCAACGAUGUGUAUAUGGGGAUCUGUGCUUGUGGAGAAUCUAAAACUUUGCCGUAUUGGUUUAGAACCCAAAUCUCAAACAUCGAAGGAUGACGUAAGCUUUAAAUUAUUCGAUACGUUGUAUGCUUAGCGUGUGAAAUUAUGAAACAUUUAUUUUUGUUUGAUGAUCAGUUGGUUUUGUAUUUCAUAAUUUUCCAAAUACGAAGUUGAUUCUUCAUGCUGCUUCAUUUUCCCCAGUCCGCUCAACGAUGUUUAUCGACGUGUAGUGCAAUGUGGUUAACUCGAUUUAUGCCUUUUCCACAUAAUGGCUACAUAUUCGGAUCUCUUCUUCAGAAUAAUCUAGAAAUAUGCCCUUAUUGGCUUAUAACCCAAAUCUCAUAAAUCAAAGGAUGGCGUAAAUUUCGGAGUAUUCGAUUGGUUUUGUGCUUCGCGUGUGUUAUUUUGUGAAGUUUACUAUUUCUUGGCUCGUCAUGGAAAAUGAUGCAAGGCAAGUGGUCAUAACAUGAAUAGGCGAGGAAUGUAACAGAUUUACAAGCAACCGUGAGUAAACAAUGCACCCAUGAACGACCUAUGCAGUUUAAUUGACAAAAAAUUUUGAAAAUUUUGCUUUCUGCAGGAGGUAACAUAUUAUGAAUUAGUCUGAAUAAAAUAAAUGAAUAUUGGCAAACGCAGUGAUAUGUUGACUUGAAAAAUCUUAAAUUCACUGUUAACACCCACGGCCCACAAAUUGCGCCAGAAAAGAAGAAGACGAAAUCUAAAGGAACCGCAUAACUGAAUUCCGGUUUCCUUUGAGUAAAAAUGGUCUUCUCAAAAUUGAUGUUUCGAGCUCCUGAAAGUGCAAUGGGAUGAUCGGAGACUGCAUGAUAAAAUCAGAAUCAUACUAUUGUCAACUGCAACAGUGAGGCAAGGGACCUUCUGCGGAAAAUAGAUAAGAAGUUAAAUGUUCCGAUAACCUCGACUGCCGAGUCUUGCUUAUAUGUCAGCAUCCACAAACAGCAGAUUCUGCAUAUUUAAGUAAAGCCUAUUUCCCGUUUGCCUGUAACGUGCUGACAUCUUGAGGUGGCGAAGAAGUGUGACUCACGAUUUUGCCGUAGGUGCAGUCGAGGCAAUGACGUAGUCUGCUCUUAAAGGGUAUCGUAAGACGCGCUAACACACCAGAUUCGACCAGCGGGGCUUGUUCCUAGCACAAGAUCUAGCUGCUAGCAGGCACUGACAACCCUUGCAGCGAUAUAUUUCAUUUCCCUUACUUCGCAUCUGCCCUUAGUCACGGAGUGACCACACAGCGUAUAUAUGCGAUAGAUGUAUUCAAUUUGUUACAAGCUGACCCCAUUAUGGUAGUAGAGUUGAAUGUGGACGCCAUGGCUUAUGCGUAUCGUUAAAGUGCGACUCAUGCAUUCUGUCCUAGUCGUAGUAUGUGCACACAGUCUAUCGUUAUAUGCGCUCACGCUGUCACUACCACCCAGUUCCACACAUUUAGUUUUUAAAAAUAUCUAUCGACCUGCGGCAAAUUGAGGGCCCUCAUUUAAAGUUUUUGGCAUCGUAUUGCAAAUGCUACAUCCGUCAGCCCGCUUAGCCCCGCACCCAUUUGAGAUUGUGCAGCAGAACUCUUUCAUGAGCUGUAUUAUGAGAAUGCCACAUCCGCAAUUAGCUUUUCACCUCCAUUGACGGUAUGACAGAAUUUUGUUCGCAGAAACUGCGUAAAAGUCGAUCCAACAGACCACAUUUCGAACAUAUCCCGAUCGAGAAAUUUUAGCAAUGAGCAAGCAUCAGUGCGCGGAAAUCAUGAUGGCUUCAGUUGACGUCAAAUCAUCUUUUUCAUUCAGCAUGUCGCUGUGUAACCUACAAAAAUGCGAAUUCCAAUCGGUACACGGGGAUUUUCAUGAGCAUAUUAAUAUAAUGAGCAUUGUCAGACCAACUGUUGUACUCGCUAAUGUGAUAGAGAGAGAGUCGAAUACCCAAAGCCCAAUACUUUCAUAUGCAUUUUAGUGUUUGUGUCAACUACGCUGAUAACAGCAACAAGAUUUAGCAUUAUAUUCCAUAUAACAGUCAUUGCUCAGAUUGUCCUCUUGACUGUCACUGGGGGGGUUUGUUUUCGUUCUGUCAUCUAGCAGUAAAACCCGGCGUCUGCCUAUGUAAUAAUUUUUGCAGGAAAGUCAGCUGUGACGUCUUGGCUGACAGGGUCUAUUCAAGUUUUAAAAGACGCUAUCAUUGACGAAUACAAGGAGCCUUCAUAAGUACUACUCUUAUGUCACAUAGAACAAAGGGAUCUCAUGGGGCAAUUAGGAUAGUACCAUCUGUUCUUUAGGCAGUUUGCUUGGAAGCAUGUGAAUAUUUUCGAGUAGGCUUAGGUCUUAAACGAUCCAGGCAUUUGACGGGAAAUGCAAACUGUGGCAGCAGCAAAGCAGUUUUCGUUAUUAAAUAUUGGACUGAUAUCUCGGACUCUAGUUAUUAUGUGUGUCAACCAUCUGUAGUGUUAUGCCAUUUAUGCGGCGAAAAUCGCUGUUACGUGGUGGGGUUCCAUCGAAACUACCGCCACCCUCCCAAUGAUUCGGACAAUUUGAGCUUUUGAUUCCACGUCACGAUAUUAUUCCCAAUGCCUGUUCGGCUGAUUUUGCCCCAUUAAAGUCGAUAUAGAAUGUGAAACAUUCAUCGUCAACAUGCCUUUGCGAGCGAUCGCUGUGGCAAAAAACGGUCUCCAUCCUUGUGUACUUCUCUCUUUGAGACGUUAUGUCGCCUCUCCGACCCGUCUGAUGAAACUCUAUAAAUUGUGACCUGGGUUGUGAUUAUUUCUAGUCUGUAUACAGUGAAUGAUCGAUCUCACGAAAUGUUGCCUGAAAAUUCUGAAAUGCGUUUUCGAUUUGGCAAGGAUUACUUGGUACCGGUUGUAAUAAUGAUUAGCUCGCGGUAUAAUUCCAUGAUAUUGCUGACUCGGCAGGAUGUCGACUUUUAAAUGCACUUCCUUUCAAUCUCCUAUAGAAAUCGUAUUCGGUAAAAAUGACUACUUAUAGCAUGCAUUUUCCCAUUAAUUUUCAAUGGCCUUGGUAAUUCAAAUAUAUCUUACAGAAACUGUAAACAAAAAUAUGCCUUCUUUCAGUCGUUUGAUAGAGAAUCACGUCCUCUUUAUAUUUUCUACUUAAGGAAGAAUUACCAUUAGGUUUUAAAAAUGUUUCUAAUAAGCAUAUUUUUUAAAGCCGCUCAAUGUCCAUUUAAAUAUCAUCGUACAUGGCCGAUAAUGCAUCUCAUCAUGAAAUGUAAAACAUAGUCCGCAUCCAUUGCAAACUGUUAGGGACUUUGAAUGAUAUCUUUUUAAUGGCAUGGAAAAACAGGGGAUUUUAGUUACGCGGAUAGCAUGCAUCCUGUACACAGAAAUUACCAGGCCCUAGUGUAGUGAAGGAUCAGGCUGGAAAUAUUUCGGCAAUUAGAAGCUUUUAAAACCUAGAUAUAAUACUUCCUUGAGUAUGCAAUAUAAAGAAAACGUGAUUCUCUAUUAAUUGACAGAAAUACGCCUAUUUAUCUUUUCAGUCGUUUGAUAGGGCGAGAGCUUUCAAAUGUGCUAUUCGGUGAUUAUUAUGACAGCAACAGACGGGAGUUUUGUUAGUUGCAUGUCAUACACCAUUUGGAUGAUUUUCUCACUGCCAAAGGCAAACGUUCGACAUCCUUUACUUUGUAUGUCAACAGGAUGCCCGGAGAGAGGCUAUUAAGCAGGCGCAGACAGUCUGAUUUUCUAAACCCCACCCCUCAGAAAUAAAAAUCGCGUUAUCUACGCGUCGUCGUCAAAACGCAGGUUCGUGUUGGUGAAAAGAACCUUUUAUUACUUUCGAAGGAAUAAUUUUGAAACUAGACUGUAUAAUGGAGUAUCUGUGACCUCCUUGCAUUGUCCCCCCCUUAAAUUGGAAAGCGGAUUUUUGGAUGUAUGUGAAGUAUCUGCUUUAAUUCUCCGUUUAGAGUUUUCGCCGGCGAUUAGCUAAUGCGAUCGCUGGGUUUUUGGAUUUUGUUCAGUGCAUAGAGCGGAUAUCGUUUUCCGUUGGUUGCGUAUGUCCCCAUUUGUCUCGCAAUAUUAUACUACAGCUCCCCUCUUGUCAUUUGUUGCUUACAUGCAGCCAUGGUGCGGUCCACUAUUCAACUAACAAAGAAUGCCGUCUCUACACUCUGACACGGUGCACAGCCGGCUUUUGAAGAAGGAGACAUGAUUGCUAGGGCAAAAGUUUUAUUGACCUGACGUUUCGGAUUCCUGCUCGAACCCAUCAUCAGAGACAAAAACAUAUACGUGUUGGACAACCUUUAUUGUUUUGGAAGUGCGCACACAAAGGCUCUGUAGGCAGUCGCCGCGAGCUCGCACCAAGCCAGUUGUUGUCUGUGUCCGCCUUCGAGGUGCUGAGACCCAGCGCGUGUGUGCGUCUUUCGCUGUCUCCGCGUCCGCCAGCCAAUCAGAGGGGGAACAGCGUUGAUUGGCCUGGAGAACUCGCGAGGAGUCUCGCGCGUCCAAUCAGCGUAUCAACAAGGAGUGUGAAGCGGACAGGAAGGCAGCGUGGGCAAGGAGGCGCUAACUGCCAUACGUACACUGAGUGACCGAUCUCAGGAAAUGUUGGCUGAAAUUAUAAAUGGGUUUUCGAGUAGGAAGGAUUACUUAGGCGCGGUUUUAAUAAGGAUUACCCCGCUGUAUAAUCCAAUAAUAUUUCUAACCUGGCAGGAUGUUGGCUUUUGAAUACAUUGCUUACCAAUCUCCUAUAGAACGCGUUCUCGGUAAGAUAUGACUACUUAUGUAGCAUGCAUUUUUCCAUUGAAUUUCGAUUGUCUUGCAGAUUCAAAUAUAUUUUAGGGAAACCACGAACUAAAGUAUACUUCCUUUCAUUCGUCUGAUAGAGAAUCACGUAAUCUCCAUACUUCAUACUUGAAGAGGGAGUAUAAUUACGUUUUAGAAAUUAUUUUCUUCUUUCCGAAUAAUUUGGAGCCUGAUCAGUCAUUGCAUUAGCGCUUAGUAAUUUAAGCCUACAAGGUGCAAGCGUUAUGCGAAAAGAAAAUCGCAUAUUCCGUCAACAAAGUGAAUUUACGAACGUACAACAGACUGCAGAAUUACUUGACGGCAAAAACGAGGGCUAUAACGUUUUCGUUAUUUGCCCAUAAUAUUACUCCGAAGGAGUAGGCUUGAGAGUUGCAUGCAUGAUUGCCGUUUCAGACCCCUAAGGAAAGACAUGUGACAGGGCGACACAAACUCCCUGGUUAGGAGCGAUUCCAGCAACAACAACAACCGGCAGCUUCGGGUCGUAGCUGUGGUAGGAAGGUAGGCAUUAGCUGAUCAGGCCAAGGAACGUUAGAAGUUGUGACACAUUUUUGGGCGCAGACAUCCGUUAGAUGGCCCGAAUGUUCUCAGGAUCUGUAUGGCGACCAGUGACGUCAAAACGAAUCCGAGUUACUUGAUGGAGUCGAAGAAGAAUUGAAAAUUGUCGGACGUCAAGCGGAAGCCAUAUUGAUGCACGCCUUCUUCACGAGUAUUUUCCUCAAAUACUGUAACAAUUUUUAGAAGUAUAAUUUGCAUGAUCACGCACAAACAGUUGAUGCCACUAUUCUGAUAUUUGUAUUUUCCCCUUUUUCAGACCCUUUGAAUUCAUACCUAUGUGA